CCCGAUCAUGGCAAUCGUUUCAAGUGCAAUAAACACGCGCUUUGCGUCUGAUUUGAUUUGAAAAACAAGGUAUUAUUUACACACUCGCUUUGUCUCUUGGGACUUUUAUGACUUUUGACACAUUUCGCAUCGAGUGGCGGCGAGUGUGCGGGGGCUGGCGCUGGUUGGUUGGUUGGCAGCCCAAUAAGUCGAUAACUCAAGGCCCUCCGAGAGAGGAUGAUACAAAGCGAAGAUUAAUCAAAAUCCAUUACAAUUUUUUGCUGAUUGUGUGAUUUCUGCCGAAGGUUGCCUAAACACAGAAACUUGUCAAAAAAAUAUGUACAUCCAAAACAAGCAAAAUGAAAGAAAGAAACAUCGGCAGUAGGACAGACAGACAGACAAAACUGUACAGUGGUAGGUACAAUUGGCAAGUGCAAAAUACGAGUAGAUAUUUCCAAGCAGAAAUCCCAUUGUCUUUAUGGGCUUGUGGGGGUGCAGAUGUCGUGAAGCUGUCAAUCAAUUAAAAAUAUAUUGAAUAAACAUAAACGGAGGGUAAGAGGGAGACGCAGAUGGAGUAGUCGGUGGAGAUGGAGAUGGAGAUGGCGCUGGAGACAAGCAAAAUUAAUUGGCCUGAACUUGAGGCCUGGUCUCAGGCGGAAGUGUGGCUGUGAGGGAAUUUCAAUUACCAAAAACACACUUUGUGCCGCAAUGAGUAAUGGUGGGUGCUUGUAUCUUCGCCAGGUCGUCAGGCAUUCAUAUUUAUGAGUGCGAGAUGGGUUCCAAAUGGGAGGAAAUUUGUUAUCAACUUUGUGGCCACUGGCCCAGACACUGACUUCCAGCUGCAGUGUCUCGACCAAGAGCUCGAGCAAAGCUACACAGAGUCUUUGGCCCCAAGCGAUUUCACCAAGCGCUUGAAGACACUGAACGCCCGAGUGAAGUUCCCAGAAGAUGAUGUACGCGUGGUUCUGGUCAGUGGCGAUCCCACACAUACUUCGCUGAGCGAAGCAAACCAGGAGGGUGCCGGAUGCGUUCUGCAACUUAAAUAUAAAAUGCUGAACAACAUGCCCCUCAAGUGGGAGUGGCACUUGACACACAUGGACAGUGCCUUGUUUUAUCGCAAGGUGUUCCUGGACUCCAUUUCGUGUGCCAGCAAAAUGCGGGAACAGGUCUUCGCGCUGACCAAGCUGCUGCAGGCAAAGGAUGAAGAGCUGAAGCAGUAUCGCAUCGAGGGCGCCCAGCUGCGCAGAGGAACGGUCGCCACCAAGUUGUUUGAUUUGGAGGCUUUCAAUGUAAUGAACGAACAGAUGCUGACAUGCUCGGCUAACUAUCGUCAACUGACGAGAGCAUUUGACAUCAAAGAUUCGUCCAUAACUCAUUUCCAUGGGAGGACCGAAGCAUCGAAAGUGUCUGAUCCAACACGCAGCCCAGCCUCUCAUUCUUCCAAACCGACUCAAAAACUAAGCCCACGUAACAGGAGGCGCAAAGCAAUGGAGACCAACAAAGAUCAUAUUGAACGUAAGGUGCUACGACGUCGUGCCCAAGGAAAACUCGAGUUCAAAGAGUCCCAAAGCACCCAAGAGGAGAUCGUAGACGAUUUGAUUCCUUUAAAUGAGGCAGAAGCAGCAGCCCACGUAAAGCAGGAGCCCCCUGUUUUAGAUGCGCAAAAUAUAAAGAAGGAAAGCGUAGAUGCCGCAGCAGAUCGCCCAGUUACAGGAGCUAACUUGGAGCAAGAGGAACCUCCCUUUGUUAAGGUACAAAACGUGAAGAAGGAAAUCGUAGAUCCCGCAUUAACUCGCCCAGUAACAGAAGAAAAUGCUCUUUUAGUAGAAAGUAGGAAAGAUAGAAAUACAAAUGAAAAGGAGAGACGAUCCUGGCUUGAACGUGCCGCCGAAUGUGAAGCAUCCAUCUUUAAGCCGAAUUCUAAUGUUGAAGCUUUAAAAAUGGUGGAUCUCGCGGCCACCGAACCUCCAGUUGCAGUUGCAAAAGAAAACUUAAUCCACUCGCCGGUUAACGACCUUGCUGCACAUGCAGCACCCUUUGGAUUGGCUUCAGUGUUGGGUUCAUUGAAAGAGAUGGAGAGCUUCAUCUCCAAGACCAAAGACCAGUUUUAGCACACAAAAUCAAAGGAAUACUAAAAACUGUUUAGCUGUUACUACAAGUAAAACUUGUACUUAAUCUGAUAAUAAAUGUAUGGUAC